AUGGGUCAAGAAUUAAACGGUAGCGCCAAUGGAGAUGGACUGAAUGGACUUACCAAUGAACAUUCGAAUGGAUACACGAAUGGACACACCACAUCACAGAAGCAAUCCACAACCCCCCCUCCCCCGAUUGCCAUCAUUGGCAUGGGAAUGCGUCUACCCGGCGGCUGCAAUGACACCGAAUCAUUCUGGGAUCUUCUCAUGAAUAAAAAGGAGGGAAUGAUCCCCGUGCCUCCUACACGCUGGAAUGAAGAUGGCUUCCAUAAUCCCUCCGGGAAGCCGGGUACUAUCCGCAGCAAAGAAGGCAACUUCCUGCAGCAAGAUCCUGCUGUUUUUGAUGCGGGUUUCUUCUCUAUGACUGCGUCACAGGUGGAGCAAGUAGAUCCGCAACAGCGAAUUCUGCUAGAGACUGUGUAUGAGUCGCUAGAAAAUGCCGGAGAAGGAGACGUUAGGGGGAAGAAUAUCGGAGUGUACGUGGGAACUUUCGCAGAGGACUGGAUCGAAAUGCACGCAAAAGACUCAGAGCCACAUGCCUUCUUGGCUCUGACUGGUCACUUGGACUUGAUGACGAGCAAUCGUGUAUCCUACGAGCUCGAUCUGAAAGGACCAAGUAUGACGAUUAAAACUGGCUGCUCAGCCGCAAUGGUCGCCCUAGAUUCGGCAUGUAAGGCUCUUGUCAGUGGUGACUGUGAAUCCGCUAUCGUCGGCGGUACAAACCUGAUCCUUAGCCCUGCCCUCUCUUGUGUACUGGGCGCCCACGGAGUGAACUCAGGUGAUGGGCGUUGUCGCUCUUUCGAUGCCAAUGCAUCCGGCUACGGCAGGGCAGAGGCUGUCUCGUCUAUCGUAGUUAAGAAGCUUGAUGAUGCUCUGCGGGAUGGCAAUCCCAUCAGAGGUAUCAUCCGCUCGACUGUCUGCAAUGACGAUGGAAAAACCGCCGGCAUCACACAGCCAAACACUGAAGCACACGAGGCAUUAAUGCGCGCAGCCUACGCAGCUGCCGGCUUUUCCGAAGAGGAAUACUGCCAAACCGCGUUUUUCGAGUGCCAUGGAACGGGCACUCCAGUUGGUGACCCAAUCGAGGCCAGCGCCGUGGCCCGGGUCUUUGGAAAGGAGGGCAUGAUCAUUGGAUCGGUAAAAUCCAACAUUGGUCACUCCGAGUCCGCAAGUGCCAACUCGGCGAUCAUUAAAGCAGUUCUGGCACUGGAGCAUCUGACCAUUCCACCGAACGUUAACUUUCAAUCGCCAAACCCUAAGAUUCCCUGGGAUGAAGGCAAGCUCACCGUGCCUCUCGAGGCGAUGAAGUGGCCAGCCGGUCGUCACGAGAGAGUCAGCGUGAAUUCAUUUGGCAUUGGUGGCUCUAACGGACACGUCAUCGUGGACUCGGCUGCAUCCUUUGGGAUUAAACAAGGAGGAAGUGUCACCGAAGCCGAGGCCCCGAGACUCAACUUGCUCCUCUUCUCCGCGAAGAGUGACGUCUCUCUUCAAAUGUCCGUCGAGAAACACUCAAAGUAUAUCGAACGACAUGGACCAUCUCGUCUCCAAGAUCUGGCAUACACCCUCGCUACUAGAAGGCAGCAUCAUGACUAUCGCACUUUUGCUGUGUCUGACGGCGUCGACUCUCUACUGACGCAGUCUACCGCCAAGGCAAAGAACACCCCGAAGUCGCUUGUCUUCGUCUUCACGGGCCAAGGUGCUCAAUGGGCCCAGAUGGGGAAGAAGCUGAUUGAAGACUUCCCUCAAGUUUACGAGGACAUUCAAGACAUGGAUAAUAUUUUGUCGCAAUGCCACACUCCUCCGUCGUGGAAUAUUCUAGGUAAGAACGGAAUUCUUUUGAAUGGAACACCUAUUAACAAAGACACAGACGAACUUUCUAAGCUAAAGCUGAAGAGUCAGAUCUCAAAGGCUGAGUUCUCUCAGCCGCUUUGUACUGCAAUUCAGGUCGCCCUUGUCAACCUCCUGCGUAGCUGGGGGGUCAACCCGGCUGCUGUCGUCGGCCAUUCCAGCGGAGAGAUCGCCGCCGCAUACGCGACCGGCGCUAUAACCAAGAAGGACGCGCUGCUGGCAGCGUACUUUAGAGGUUUGGUCACGCGGGAGAAGCUAGCCGAUGGUGCCAUGGCCGCCGUAGGACUUGGUGCCGAGCAAUUGCGGUCGUCUCUAAUCGAUGGUGUCGUCAUCGGGUGUGAGAAUAGUCCGAACAGCACGACCAUAUCCGGUGAUCGCGAAGCACUGGAAACCUUUAUCGAGAAUCUGAAAAAGGAAUCUCCAGAUGUUUUUGUUCGUCAGCUUCAUGUCGAUAACGCCUAUCACUCGCAUCACAUGAAGGCAUAUGGUGCUGCCUAUGAAGAGUCGAUUGCUGAGAUUCGCACGAGCGAAAAGCCCAGCAUUCCAUUCUUCUCGACUGCAAUCGGGAAAUUGAUUGACACUGCCAACGUGUUCAAUGCGUCCUACUGGCGGCAAAACCUGGAGAAUCCUGUUCUCUUCGAUACCGGAGUACGGAAUAUCAUCAAGGCUAAUCUCCAGAAUCCCAUCUUCUUUGAAAUUGGACCCCAUUCCGCACUCGCGGGGCCGUUGAGACAGAUAUUCCAGGCCGAGGGAGCCUCUCUCACAUACUUGCCAAGUUUGCAACGUGGUAAGGACGACACUGAGUCGAUCUACAAUGCCAUCGGAAACCUCUGGGUGAACAAUGUGUCCGUGAAUCUGGAAGCUUUGAACCCAGUUGGUACUGUACUUACAGAUCUGCCGGCUUAUUCGUGGGACCACUCGGUGAAAUACUGGGAGGAAAGCCGCAUCUCCAAGGAGUGGAGAGAGCGAAAGUUCCUUCCUCAUGAGACCCUUGGUGUUCGCCUCGGAGGUAGUAGCCACCUGGAGCCAACAUGGCGAAACCUGUUGAGACUCGAUGAAGUGGGCUGGGUUCGGGAUCAUCAAGUCGGCACUGACAUUGUCUUCCCCGGCGCUGGUUACGUCUGCAUGGCGGGUGAAGCCAUCCGCCAGCUAACCGGAAGGUCAGACUACUCCGUACGAGGCUUGGCCAUACGCACUGCCAUGAUUGUCAGUGACUCCAAAUCGAACGACGUGGUGACCACAUUCAAAAAAGCCAAACUUACUACCACGACGGAUUCCGACUGGUGGGAUUUCCGCAUCACCUCCUUCAACGGUUCGACUUGGAGCGAGCAUUGUUCUGGCCAAGCAAAGGCUGGACCAAUUCAUCCAACAGAGGACCGUAAAGUGUCUCAGCCAGACUUCCUCCGAAAGAUUACUGCGAGUCGCUGGUAUACCACGAUGCAAAACAUCGGCUUCACUUAUGGUCCGGCUUUCCAGGGACUGCGAGAAAUAUCGGCUGACCCCACAGGCAACGAAGCCGUUGCUAUCAUUGAAAACGCCCAUCUUGACACCGAAUCGUUUUAUGAGCUUCAUCCUUGCACAUUGGAUAAGCUAUUGCAGUUAAUGACAGUGGCUCAGCACGAGGGUAAACCGUCGCUCUUCAAACAACUGAGCAUGCCCACAUACAUUGAUGAGAUUUACAUAUCUGGUGGAAUGAAGGAGCUGAGAGCGACCGCUUCAUCUUAUAAAGACUUCAUGGAUGCGUGGUCAGGUGAUGAAGUUGCCACCGUCGAUGGUAGAAUUGUGUACGAGAUGAAAGGUCUGAGAGUGACCGGCUUGGGAAACAGUACAGACGUCGAAGAGAAACCCAAGAACGCUGUUCAACUUGUGUGGAAGCCUGACGUUGAUUUCCUUGACACCAAAGAUCUCAUUCGUGCGCCGUUGGAUCUUCGAAAAUACCUAAUCGCUCUGGAGAAAUACUUCUUUCUGCUUGCAACGGAUACAGUGAAGGCUAUCGAGUCCAUAGAGACCCAGGAAAAUCACCUCGUCAAAUUCCGAACCUGGCUGAACACAUUCGUUGAGACGACGGGGAGAGGAGAGAACAAAAUUCUCCCUGAGGGUAAACAGCUCGCCACCCUGGGUGCACAAAGCCGUCUAUCGCUGAUUCAAUCCAUGACGGAGGAGUUCAAUGCCGGUCCCGUUCAUUGGGUAGCAACGGCUAUUCGACGUGUUCAUGAAAACGCCCAGGCCAGAUACGAGGGAUCAGUUGAUACCCUGGAGCUCCUGAUGGAAGGAGGUGUCUUGACACAGAUUUACGCGUUUUUCGAUUUAUGCUGGGAUUAUUCUCCAUUUCUGCAGAGUCUCGGCCAUAACAAGCCCACCCUGAGGGUGCUGGAGAUUGGAGCUGGCACAGGCGGCACGACUUCCAAUUUGCUUUCGGGACUUCAAUCGGAAUUUGGCGAACCACUAUAUUCCAAGUACAGCUAUACUGACAUCUCUUCCGGGUUUUUUGUGGCGGCCAAAGAGCGCUUCAAAGAUCAUCCUAACAUUGAUUUCUCCGUCCUGGACAUUAGCAAGGAUCCCCUGGGGCAGGGCUUUGAAGAGGGCUCUUAUGACUUGAUCCUAGCAGCCAAUGUAAUCCACGCAACUGCAUCACUUCAAGAGACACUGAGGAACGUGAAGAAGCUACUUCAUCCAAAGGGCCGAUUCCUCCUUCAAGAACUGGAUAUACAGGCGAAAUGGAUGAGCUUCAUCAUGGGUGGCUUCCCGGGAUGGUGGCUUGGGGAUGAAGAUAAUCGUCUUGAGGCACCAUUUGUAUCACCAGAGAGAUGGAACCAGGAGUUGCGGGACGCCGGAUUCACAGGUGUCGAUGCCCUUGCCUACGACAAUGAGCUCCCGUAUCAGGUCACCGCCAGCAUGAUUUCCUCCGUUGCUCAACCAGCGCCCGAGAAGAAGCGAGUUACCGUGCUGUACCGAGAUGAGGUCAACUCAUUGGUGGAAUUGUACAGACGUGCUUUUGAGAGUGCCGGUUAUCCCACGGACCUUCGCUCCUUGAAGGAGAAACUGCCUUCGGAUCAAGAUAUCAUAUCCUUGCUGGAACUGGAGGCGCCCUUCUUUGACAAUAUUGAUCAGCAGAACCUUGAGCGAGUGAUACAAUUUUCCUCUAAUCUCGAGUCCGCACAUUUGUUAUGGCUAACCCGACCAAUUCAAAUGGGUGCCAAGGAUCCUCGAUAUGCACAAACUCUGGGAUUUGCGCGAACCUUGCGAUCGGAGAAGCAGGCUAGCUUUACCACUUUCGAGAUAGACAACGUCCAGGAUUCUGUCGCAACUGAGAAAACAGUGCAGGUCUAUGAGCAGAUAUUCAGACCCGACAACGAUCCCCAAUUGGACCCAGAUUAUGAGUUUGCUUUGCAUGAAGGCACCGUUUACUCUUCCAGAUAUCACUGGGUCUCUGUCCGUGACGAACUUGCGUCCGCAGCCGAAAAUGUCGUUGACAAAGUCCUCAAGAUUGGACAAAAGGGAAUGAUUGACAGCCUGCGCUGGGAGAAGAACGUUGAUGCAUCUAGGCCACUGAAGGGGCAAGAGGUUGCUGUCCGUCCUCACACUGUUGGUGUGAAUUUCAGAGAUGUUCUUCAAACUCAAGGUCUGAUUGAUGGUGAUGAUCUGGGAGGUGAAUGCUCUGGAAUUGUUGAGGCCGUCGGCCCUGAUGUGACAGACUUUGCUCCUGGUGAUCGGAUCUUCAUGAUGGUACCUUACUGCUUCUCGAACCGCGUCAUUACCACAGCAGAGCUUUUGGCCAAGAUUCCUAAUGGCUUGGAUCUAGAGGAAGCAGCAACAAUGCCUAUCACAUUUAUUACCGUGAUAUACGGUUUGCUUCAUUUGCGUCACCUUGAAAAGGGCGAUACCAUCUUAAUCCACUCCGCUGCCGGUGGUGUGGGUAUAUCAGCCAUCCAAAUUGCUCAGAUGGUCGGAGCAAAGGUCUUCGCUACCGUGGGCAGCCAAGAAAAAGUGGAUUUUCUCAUAAAGAAUUUCGGCUUGCCUCGUUCUCAGAUUUUUGACUCACAUAGUAACUCCUUCCUGCCAUCUGUCCUCGAGGCAACAGGUGGGCGUGGUGUGGAUGUUGCACUAAACUCCCUUGCCGGCGAGUAUUUGCACGAUACCUGGAAGUCAAUUGCUCCAUUCGGUACCAUGAUUGAAAUCGGCAAACGAGACUUUUAUGGUCAUGCAAAAUUGGACAUGAUGCAGUUUACUGAAAACAGAACGUUCAUCGGCCUUGAUGCUCGUCACUUGGAAGCGGAGCGCCCAGCACUUUGCGGAAGGAUUUUGCGUGAAUGUGCGAAGUACUUCGAGCAAGGCUUUAUUCAGCCCAUCCGACCUAUCAAGACCUUCGCAGCGAGCGAGAUCGGAGAUGCGUUCCGGUUCAUGCAGAGAGGAACCCACAUCGGCAAGCUUACGGUUCGCAUGCCGGAUGAUCUCAAGGAUCUUCCUUGUGCUGCCCGCCAUCCAGAUCUACCUUUGCAUGAAGAUGCAAGUUACCUGCUUGUCGGAGGCCUUGGUGGCGUAGGACGAUCAAUCGCCUCUUGGCUCGUCGAAAACGGUGCUAAACAUAUUGUCUUCCUUUCACGGUCGGGGAGAUCUGAGAAGACUGAGCAUUUCAUUCAAGAAUUAGAAGUUCUGGGCUGUCAGGUCCAGGUCUUCAAAGGCUCGGUCGCCAAUCUUGGUGAUGUACAACAUGUAGCAACCCAAGCAGAGAAGCCUGUUCGUGGCGUUAUACAGUUGUCCAUGGCUCUCCAGGACCGGGCCAUUGACACGAUGACAUACGAGGAUUGGAAGACCGCGAUUCUUCCGAAGGUCGACGGUACUUGGAAUCUGCACAAUGCACUGAGCGACCUCGACUUCCUAGUGUUGUUUAGUUCCGUUAGCGGACUGAUGGGCCAGUUUGGUCAGGCAAACUAUGCAGCUGCCAACACGUUCUUGGACGCGUUUGUGCAGUAUCGGCAUUCACUGGGCCUUGCCGCGUCCGUUAUCGAUCUGGGUGUCAUGGAAGACGUUGGCUUUGUCUCCGAGUCGCCCAACCUGAUCGAGUACUUCAAAUUCCUGUCCGCAAAUCUGCUAACGGAGGAAGACUUGGUGGAAACCGUCCGCCUCGCGAUCGCCCGGUCGCAACCCAGUCAAGCGGCUAACGCCCUCACCAACCCCAGCGAGAUCUCCGUGGGCGUCGCUUCCUACAUGCCCUUGGCAGAUCCCAACAACCGCAUUAUCUGGAAGAGGGAUCGCCGUUUCUCCGUGUAUCGAAACCUCGAAACCACCUCGGACGCUUCGUUGACCACUAACGAAGGGCUGAAAUCGUUCCUUUCGCAGAUCACGUCGAGAGGAGUCAGCACUCUCGGGGACGACACGGUUGAGUAUUUAGCCAAGGAGAUCGGAAAGACCUUGUACGGGUUCAUGAUGCAGAGUGCGGACGACAUGGACUUGGAACAGCCUCUUGCCACAUUGGGGUUAGAUAGUUUGGUUGGGAUUGAGUUGAGAAACUGGUGUCGACAACAACUGGGGUUGGAAGUCAGUAUUCUAGAGAUCAUGCAGAGCACGCUCAAAGACAUGGGCAAGAGGGCGGUGGAUUCUUUGGUCGCGCGACACAGAGACUUGGCCGCAGCCGAGCUUCAGGGCCCUAGGGUCAGAGAGGGUCCAGGAAGAAUGAUUGGGGCUGUGCUUGCAACGAAACCUGCCAACCCAGACCACCUCACGAAUCUGGCCGAUGCACGCGAAAACGAACGCUUUGCAUCGCCCACUAGUCAGUCUGGUUGCCGUCGUGGGUCCCGGUCCGUUGAUCCACUUGAAACACCCACUUGGGCCGUUGCGAUGUUGAGCGAGGGCCAGCUGGAAUGGAGUAUGAAGUAUGAAGCUAGCUUGCAGGUACCCAUGGCCACCUAG